AUGGAGAGUGCCGCAAAAGAUGAGCUUUUCUGCAACCACACAGAUGCAUGGGACUGGGUUUACACCAUGCAGCCUGCCUACAUGUCCAUCAUCUGCCUCUUUGGAGUGAUCGGGAACUUCUUUGUGCUAUGUGUGUUCUGUCUCCAGAAAAGACGCAGCACUGUGGCCGACAUCUACCUGAGCAACCUGGCAGCAGCUGAUCUCCUCAUGGUUUCCUGCCUGCCGUUCUGGGUAGCAACUGUUAUCAACAAGUUCCACUGGAGGUUUGGAGAGGCCAUGUGCCAAUUUAUCAACAUUGUCAUUGGGAUGAAUUAUUAUUGCAGUGUGCUCUUCCUUACGCUUGUGAGCAUGGACAGAUACCUAGCCCUCACUAGACCCCUAACUCAGGGGAGAGAGAGACGGGCCUUCUGGGCACGUGGGAUUUGCUUCAGUAUCUGGAUUGCUGGGGUCUUGCUCAGCUUCCCUGCUGUCCUCUUCCGCUCUGUCCAGUUUUUCCCUCAUCUGGGCAUUGACGCAUGCUACCUAGCAUAUCCUCAUGAAGGCUGGAGAUUGCGCUACAACAUGACUGUCAGCACUGUAGGCUUCCUUAUCCCUGUUCCUAUUGUGUCCUUUUGUAGUUAUCACAUCACUAAAGUCCUUCGGCGCAGCCAGAAGAUGAGAAAAGGAAGCAGAGGCAAUGUGGAAAGGAAGGCGGCGUAUCUCGUUCUUGUCGUUCUGGCUGUGUUCAUUCUCUGCUGGCUGCCCUACCAGGUUUUGAUCUUCCUGGAUACUUUGGAUCAUUAUGAAGUUGUCUCGGGAUGUACUUGGGCAUACGUGUUGGACAUUGGAAACCAGUUGGCUACUUACCUUGGCUAUAGUAACAGCUCAUUGAAUCCUUUCCUGUAUGUGAUUGUGGGGAAACACUUUAAGCAGAGGGCAAGGGAACUGUUUAGACUGGUGUUGUGCAGGAGGAAAAGGCCGUGGGGGAAGUCCAGUCAUUCUAAAUCCAAUCUCAACUCAACUAAACAAACUGAGAGUACCAAAAUAUAA